AUUAAACUUUUGACAUUGCCACAAGAGGGCGAUUAUGUUACUCGUGUCGUGUAACUCUGACCAUGCACCGCGAUGAUUUCUGGAAUCUUAAGGUCGAGAAAAAUACAUGAAACUCACAUGAUUCGUUCAAGUUAAUCUAAUGAAAUAUCAUUCAUUGGAAGACGGAAACAUCUGACUAUCGGGUUUUUUACUACCGCUUCAUUUCAGUGCCGUUGCAUUUUUAUCAACAUUAAAUAUGGAUUCGUCGUGGGAAGAUUUUUAUGUAAAACACGCACCACCUCAGGAUCUUGCUCAGAAUGAAACAUUAUUAAAAAAAUUUAUAGAACACCAGUUACGAGAAGAUGAGAAAGUUGUUUUAGUAACAAGCGGUGGUACGACAAUACCUUUAGAACAUAAUACAGUAAGAUUUGUAGACAACUUUAGCGCAGGAACAAGAGGAUCCGUAUCAGCAGAAUAUUUUUUAGAAAAGGGUUACGCUGUUAUUUUUAUGUACAGGGUUAAAUCUCUCGAACCUUUUUCAAGACAUUUUAUAGGACAAAAGUUUCUAGACAUGCUGGAAGUCGAUCAACACGACGGGAAACCUAACAUUACGGUACUACCGCAAUAUACAGAGAAGUUAGUGACAAUAUUACAGAAAUAUAAAGAGGCAUUGAACCAGGACAAGUUGUUGUACCUCACGUUUACAACUCUGUCAGAGUACUUAUGGUUAUUGAGAUCCGCUUGCCAAGCUCUAGCUUGUCUCAAGAAUAAAGCUAUUUUGUACCUUGCGGCUGCAGUUUCAGAUUUUUACAUUCCAUCUAACGAAUUGUCGGUUCACAAGAUUUCUUCGAGCGGACCACCGACGAUAUCUCUUCAACUGGUACCGAAAAUAUUAGCUCCUUUGGUGAGCCUUUGGGUUCCAGAAGCGUUUGUGGUUUCCUUUAAAUUGGAAACUGAUGAAAACCUCUUAAUUGUUAAAGCAAGAGAUGCGCUUAACAAGUACAAACAUAACCUGGUCAUUGCUAAUAUGUUACAAACCCGAAAGCAGGAAGUAACAAUUGUUAGCCACGAAAACGAUUACGUUGUAUCACUUACGAGCGAGCAAUUGAAUAAAGGUGAGGAAAUCGAACGACUCAUAGUCGACGACUUAACAGAGAGGCAUAUACGUUUUAUACAAUCUGCCAAAAAAACUAGUUGAUGGAUUUUGGGAAUUAUUAAAUAAACACGU